AGAUGUUGUCCCUUCAGAUCUGCCUGAUAGCAAUUGUCGCCAGCGUUGUUUGCUCGCAAGACACAUUUGAUCGUCAUCGUUGUUGGGGCUAUAGAUGUGGAUGUAUUUAUAAGGAUCCUAAUAAGAUAGAUGUUAAAGAUCUUAUUGAUGAGCCGCUGCGGACAGAAGAAUUUGAAUAUUUUUAUGAUCGACUUCGAAAGGAUCUUCGAAUAAACUGGAUGGCCAAGGUUUUCAUCAGAGCCACCAGCAAACCUGAUGGCUCGAAUGAUAUCGAAGCAGGCAGACCCAUUUGUAAACAAAAAAUGAAAGAUAUUCUUGGAAUGUGGAAGGAUAAUGGAAACACACUGUGUUGGAUUGUCGCACCAGACAUGUAUAAGGCAGAGUGUUGUAGUGAACAAUGUUGUGGGCGCAACACCAGGUGUGUACCAAGUGUAUAUGUACGUAGGAGGUAUCUCAUUUACUGUAACUAUUACUAUGAUGGACCCUUGGCCGAUAACAGAGAUUUGAUUGAAAUUGGUCCUGAAGAUUUUGAUUUCGCGGUUCUUGAUGGCAUAAGUACGCCUGAGGGGUCUGGUUCUGGCGGGAUUUUUACAAGAGAACACAGGACAAUAAGAGGAUACUUCGCCUUCAGAGAUGACCCCUUCCCGGUGGCUUGCUCCUGUAGAACGUGUUAGAAGUCUCCCUAACACACGUUAAUAUCAUCACCGUGUCCUGUCUAAUGUAUAACUUCAUGUAAUAAAGCCUUAUAUAGCAACAUU